GAUUUCAUCAAAGGAAAAUGCUGCAUUUUUCUCAAACAACAUAAUCCUCCCAGUUGACCACUCUUCAUUCAAAUCUGAAUCUUCUUCUUCCAAGGAAAGACAAUCAUGUUGUGGAGGCAUAAAGAUAUUUCUCAGUGCAUUAUCUUUUGUUUAUUUUGCAAAAGCACUGUCUGGAAGUUACCUAAAAAGUACUAUCACACAAAUAGAAAGAAGAUUUGAUAUUCCUUCCUCUUUGGUUGGUGUUAUUGAUGGCAGUUUUGAAAUUGGGAAUCUCCUAAUCAUAAUUCUUGUAAGCUACUUUGGAGCGAAGCUUCACAGGCCAAGGAUAAUUGGUGCGGGCUGCUUAAUUAUGUCAGCUGGAACCUUCCUAAUUGCGAUGCCCCAGUUCUUCAUGGGACGAUACAGGUAUGAAAGAUUUCCUUCCAUCAUCAAUUCAACUGAUAGCCUCUCCCCAUGUCUACAGGAAAAAAAUCAAAUUCCACACUCGACCUUGGAAAAAUCUCAGUCCAAAAUAAAUGCAGGAUGUGAAAAAGAAGCUGGCUCAUCCAUGUGGAUCUAUGUUUUACUGGGAAAUCUUUUGCGUGGAAUAGGUGAAACCCCUAUCCAGCCUUUGGGAAUUACAUACAUUGAUGAUUACGCUGUUGAAGAGAAUGCCGCCUUAUACAUUGGCUGUGUACAGACGCUUGCAAUUAUAGGCCCAAUAUUUGGCUUUCUUCUAGGAUCCCUGUGUGCCAAACUUUAUGUUGACAUUGGCUUUGUAGACUUGGACAGUGUAACGAUAACUCACAAGGAUGUGCAGUGGGUGGGAGCUUGGUGGCUGGGUUACCUAAUAGCCGGUGUGAUUAGCGUUCUGGCCAGCAUCCCAUUCUGGUUCCUGCCCAAGCACCUACCAAAACCCGAAGGCAGAAAGGACUCCAGCUCCUCCUCUGAGCAGUCAAAGUUCAUCACUGAGGAUAACAAGGAGCGACAGAAAUCUUAUCAGCAACACGUGAAGUUUGCCGAGCUGGCAAAAGAUUUCUUGCCAUCACUGAAGAACCUUUUUGGAAAUCCAGUUUACUUCCUGUAUUUGUGUGCAAGUAUCAUUCAGUUCAAUUCUUUAAUUGGCAUGGUGACAUAUAAGCCAAAGUAUAUUGAACAACAGUAUGGACAAACAUCUUCAAAAACUAAUUUUGUUAUAGGUCUUAUCAACAUCCCUGCUGUGGCCUUUGGCAUAUUCUCAGGGGGACUGAUCAUGAAAAAAUUCAGAAUCAAUGUCUUAGGGGCUGCAAAACUUUCCUUGGGAUCAUCUUUCUUCGGUUACCUUUUGCUCCUUUCAUUAUUUGCGAUGGGCUGUGAGAACUCAGAUGUGGCUGGGCUGACCGUGUCGUAUCACGGGACCAAACAGAUAACUCAUUAUGAGCAAGCUCUGUUUUCAGAGUGUAACUCAGGCUGUGUAUGCUCCAAAAAUGACUGGGAUCCUAUAUGUGGGGAAAAUGGAAUUACCUACAUUUCUGCUUGUCUUGCUGGCUGUCAAGCAUCCAAUGGAAGUGGAAAAAACACUGUAUUUUAUAAUUGCAGCUGUGUGGGGAUUUUAGAAUCUUCUUCAAGAAGCUCAUCCGCUGUGGUGGGACUGUGCCAAAAAGAAAACGAAUGUCCAAAAAUGUUUCUGUAUUUUCUGGUAAUAUCAGUUAUCACUUCAUAUACUUUAUCAGUAGGUGGCACACCUGGAUACAUACUUCUUCUAAGGUGCAUUAAACCACAUUUGAAAUCAUUUGCACUUGGUAUCUAUACCCUGGCAGUAAGAGUGCUUGCUGGAAUUCCAGCCCCAGUGUAUUUUGGAGUGGCAAUAGAUACCACUUGCCUGAAAUGGGGAAGCAAAAGAUGUGGGGGAAGAGGAGCAUGUAGACUCUAUGAUUCCAGGGCACUCAGGUAUGUAUACCUGGGACUGACUUUGGUGUUGGGCACCGGGUCCAUUUUCUUCAGCAUCGCAGUCCUUUGGGUCCUAAGGAAAAGGUCCAUUCCACAAGACGAGCCCAUCUCAGCCAGCAGAAGAGGCACUGGUUUGACAAAGAAGAGGAAAGAUGAUUUUGUCAACAGUGACCAUUUAAUUCAGACAACUUACUGGCCAGAAAAGGAAACGAGACUUUAA